UGUCGGUGGUCCCGGGUUCUCCGGGUGGGUUGAGUGAGUGGUGCCCCCACCACCAUUUAAUCCCUCCCCCCUCUCUCACUAUUGUGUUUGACUUGAAUUACUGAGAGACUCCCCAGGGGGGAGCGCUGAGCUUGGGGCUGUACAGCAGAGGGAACAACAGCACACACAGACACACACACACCGACCACGGCACUCAUGUGACGCUCCUCUGAUACGAGGCAGGCAACAUGUGCACAUUGCCUGUGUGACUUAAUACGGUGACACAGCGUCUUCUUGGAAUCCAUACACACGGAUCCGUGAAGUAACGGGAGUUCCUCGGUGGGUUGAGAACCAUGAGUACUGUCGAGGAGGAGUCGGACCACAUGAUACCAUGAAGAGAAGCCUGCAGGCCCUGUGCUACCAGCUGCUGAGUGUUGUAGCAAUCCUGGUAGCGUCAGAGGGCCUGGUGUCCUCUGCCCUGGACCAGGAGUCGCCACCGCACCAGAGCCGGACCCCCCAGGACCCGGACCAGGACCUCUCUCCUCCUCCCCCUCCCCCCUCCAUGGUCCCCAGCCACGCCCCACUGCGCCUCCCACCGCUGCCCCCAGAACCCCCCGGCUGGCAGCACGAGGGCUCCAGCAGCGGAGGAGGGUGGUUCCCAAACGUGCACCCCACUGCCUCUCUGCUCGACGCCCUGGUUCACUACUCCCACUCCCAGGCUGCCACAGGCCUGCUGGUUCCGGGCACACCGCUAGCUAGAGAUGCUGCUGAUGAGGGCGCCAGUAACGAUUACGGGUUUGCUGUGACAAAACAGAAGACUCCAGGUGGAGCGGGAGUUGCUCAGAACUCAGAUGCUGCGUUGCCAGUGCAGACCAACCAGGUGCGAAACAGCACGUCUACGUCAGGAUGGGGCCAGUGGAGCCGAUCAGAUCAGGUCUCUGGAGGCGGGGAGCCGGUGAGCAUGGUGGAGCCAGGAUCCCUUCACUCUCCUGGGUCACCGGGAAUCCGUGGCUCCCCUGGGCCCCCUGGAUCUCUUGGAUCUUCUGGGUCCUCUGAAGCUCAACCCUCAGGACCCUCAGGGACUCACCUGGUUGCUAAUGAGCCCGCAGCCCAGACUGUGGCGCCAGUGGAGUCUAGGUCCGAGCCCGAAUCGGAAUCGGGCCUCGAGGAGCCGCCCAUCAUUCCUGCACCACCACGAGGGCCUUACACGGGGAGAGGAGACCAGGAGCAGGAGCAGGAGCCGGAGCAUGAGGAGCAUCCGGGUCAGGACCUGCAGCCAAGGAUGUCCCCAGAGGAGCUCACUGGAGGAGGAGUGGAGGAGAAGGAGGAAGAGGAAGUUGAGGAGCCUCCCACUGACCCUUCAUCACUCCAAUCCACCACAGCACUGAGACCCUCCAGUCUGUUCUCCUCUUCCUCUUCCUCCUCCUCUCCUUUUCCUCUUUCUCCUCUCCGCCCUGCCGCCAACGCAGACGGAUUCCUCAGGGAGCGUGCUCAGAUCAACCGCGAGGCAUCCCCAGCCCCGGCCCCAGCCCCGCAGCCUCACAACAUCACCCCGAGGGAGACGCGCCUCCUGCAAGCCGAGGAUCCCACGGAGCCCCUCAAAUUAGAACCAGGUCAAGACCCAGACACGUCACCCAUCUCCGACACCUCUAUCACCUCCUCCCCCACCACCACCAUUCAUAUGUCCACAGGAGUGAUGAUGUCCGACGAUGCGGAUUACACCAACGCCACGUCCCCAGCCGCCGCAGGCAACUCCACAGACGCCUCGGUCGGGUCCUCGCAGACCUCCACAGUGCCGACUGUUGAGGAGCAGACCCUGUCCUCCAUGGGCAACAGCACCCUGGAGGCGCUGAGCACCACGUCCGGUAACAGCACGACGGCGGGAGAGGCCUCCCCGGACGUGCGCUCGCACAGCAAAGGCUCCGCCCCGACUACGGCAAGCCGGCAGGUCCCCUGGGUACCCGGCGGCAACAACAACAACCAAUCGGGUCCGGCGCUGGACCCCUCGCACUCCGAGCCCGCCAUCUGCCUGGGCAAGAUGGACAUUGUGUGGGUGGUGCUGGCCAUCAGUGUGCCUGUGUCCUCUUGCUCCGUCCUGCUGACCGUGUGCUGUAUGAAGCGGAAGAAGAAGGCGGCGUCCCAGGAGAACAACCUGAGCUACUGGAACAACGCCAUCACCAUGGACUACUUCAACCGCCACGCCGUCGAGCUGCCCAGGGAGAUCACAUCUCUGGAGACCGCAGAGGAACAGGAGACCUUCCUGCCCCCCAACGGUGACUACAGUGACAGUGGAGUGGUGCUGGUGAACCCCUUCUGUCAGGAGACGCUCUUCAUCCACAGAGACAAGAACUCGGACAACUGCUAGAUAUACUGUAGCGGGAGAAACGCUGAACUGUGUGGCCUGAUGAUCACUAAUACGGGCCGAGGCCAAGGUUUGAGCCAAGGUUUGAGGCCCCUCGUCUGUGACUGACUGGUUGCUUCUCUUUUUUGUAAUGUGUUUAACCCUCCCCUGAACAAAGACUCACUCCCACAAGAACUCUUACUUUAUACCCACUCGUAAAUGAAAGAAAAAGAACAAAAAAAAAAUAUCCACAGACGAUAACAAAAAACCCAAACAAAAAAACGAAAUGAUAAAAACAAACGUACAUAAAGGUUUUAAGGAUGAAUGAACCACAAAUGCUAUUUACUACGAGGGCGAGGCUGCAUAUUUUUCUGAUGUACAUUUUCUACAGAUGCUUAAUUGUGAUAAGGGUUUAUAUGUCGUUUUUAAAUAAUAAAAAAAGGUGAGACUGUGAGUGAUUCUGUUCUAUUUUCUGUGGCUUUGUGAUGAGAGGGGAUCUGCUUGUAGAGAGUUGAAUUCUCGUGAAGAUACGUAAUAUUCCUGUGACCUUACCCAAAACUCUUAAGAAAUAAAGCCUGUUGAACUUGAAUUAUCUCAUUGAGGGGGCAGACAGAAAAAUAUGAAAACAAGGGCUUUUGUUCAUAUACCAUGAGCAAAUGUCCUGUAGAGCCUUUCGAGGUUCCCGAAAGAAUUGUUGAGUUUAUAGAAGACACAAGAAGACUAAGGGUGCAAGUCAAUAUUUGUCCUCAAUGCGUCCAUGUUUCCUCUGGCCUCUUGACACAAUGUCAUGCCACCUCCGUGGGGAAAAGUUUCCCCACUGUCAGCCAGUGCAGAGCAACUCUUUGGAGGGCUUUCUCCCAUACAAUAUUCUGUUUGUAAUUGAAUGACCUUUAAUUAAAUGUUUGAAAGAUAUGAAAUUAAAACCCUUCAUCAUGAUGUCAUUGAGCGUUGAAUCACAAAGAAAGAGGCCACAAGAAAGAACGAAAGGACAAAAAUUGACUUCCACCCUAUGUGGGAUCAUAAAGUAGAUGGAGCAUUCUUGGCAAAAAACAACAACAAAAAAACAACAAACCAUAUCUAAAAUACAGUAUAGCUCAAACCGUUUCGGUCCAAGGACUGAUAACACGUCCAAAAAAAAAAUACUUGGCAUGUUUACAAUAUCACUAUCUUUGACAGUGGCACAAUAUCUUGCAGUGAACAAUGUUUUGCCAGAACAAGCCCAUCUGCUCCAGUGAAUUUCAUGUUCUCGUCCCAAGUCUGAAUGAGCCUUUUUUCGCAAUUACGUCAAACAUGUUACAUUUUCAUGCGAAGCAGGUUAUACAGUAAAUGACUACUGGUUUCCAUAGAAAACUGUGGCGUGUAAGUCCGUGUCUGUGUCACUGGAUGUUAUGUCAGCCUAUUCCUGCGUCAAAUGUGUUGAAUAGGAGGUGUUUGAUGUUAUGUGAAAAAGGCCCAUUGGGGUUGAGUUGAGGCCCCAGGUUGAGUGGCCUGGUUGGUCAGCCCAAGACUGUAAGGUUGUAUUAGAUAGCGGGUCCCCUCAACUUGCCACCAGCGAAGGGGACCGGAUGACAUGUCUUAAGUCCUUCUGUUCCUCUUAUCUGUUCCACCUUGUGUCAAACACAGUGUUGUUUGUGUGUGUGUGUGCGUGACGUGUGUAUGUUUGAGUGUUUACGUGUGUGUGAGUGUGUGUCUGUCUGCUCAGCCGCAUGUGUCUUGUUUUAGAUAUGUGUGUGUGUGUCGUGUGUGUGUGUGUGUGUGUGUGUGUGUGUGUGUGUGUGUGUGUGUGUGUGUCUUUGUCAGCGGUGGAAUCUCUGUUGUUUUGACCUGACUGCCACACCAUCAGUGCUGGUUUAGGAAAUCAAGUACACGCUGUAUUCACAGCACGUGAUGUGAGAUUGUCAUUGACUGGGUGAUUCAUCUCUAUGCUGUGUACGUUUCUGAAAUAUAUCAAAAGAUGUAUAGUACAGUAUACGUAUGUUUGUCAAACAGAAAUAGCUGUAAAGAUGAUUUGCCUCAAAUUCCUUUUCAUGUAGCAAAAAUAAUUAGCAAUGGUCAAACUCUUUUGUUUUGUCAGUUUUAAUUUAAAGAAGGAAGUGUUUCUGUCUGUCUCUCACAUUAUGCUGAGCAGUUCAAAAGUCCCUGAACUUCUUUUUAAGUAUUGCAAAAGAAAGAAAAUUAUAUUUUGCACAUGUGUACUUGUGUGCAUGACUGAGUGAGCGGAUUCAUAUCAGUAUUUUUCUGUUUUCACCCCUACUUCAGUCAGGAUCUGUUAAUUCGAAAAAGUGUUUCAACCAAAAAAUCAAGUUAUUAUUACGCUUUCUCAUCAGCACAGUUUUCUUUUUGAGUAUUUGUCACUGUGUAAUUGUUGGGUCCUGUGAUUUGAAUACAUGAAGGAAAAAAAAUACUUUUUGUCUGUUUUCCGAAGACAUAGGUGGUUGUAUUGCUAUGAACUUUAAGAAAAUACAGUAUCUUAUAUUUUGCUAUGAUCACAGUCAAAUGCUUUUAAGAGAUAAAGGAUAUGGACAUACAGAAAUCUUAAUUAUCAAGAGAAAUAUUUCUUAUCAUGUAUAUGCAUAUACAUUCAGUUUGCUCAGUAUCUCAGCACUGCCUGUUAUUUGUUAUUGUGUAUUUUCUUUUCUUUUUGUUUGUUUUGUUUUGUUUUUGCUUUUAUGUUCUUUAUGGUCUUUAUGUUUGCUUAGACAUAUGUUGGAGGUUGGAGGCUGUUUGCUAUGCCAACAACUAUGGUCGUAAUGCUGGAGUGGGGUGUGCAAAAGUAAACAUGGCAUCAUAUGUUCAGUCCAACAUGUAUUGUAGCACACACUGUAUUUUUACUGCUGAGCAAUAAAAAUGAAAAAUCUC